AUGGAGACUUUACUCGGAGGAAAGGUAGAAACUUACACUAAAAAGAGCGAUCUGCGAUCGUCUCUCUGCUAUUAUAUCUCGAUUAUCUUGGUCCUUUUGGCCUUCAUCUUCUCGUGCAUCAGUCUUGGAUUCUGCAGCGCUGAGCAGAUCCAGAACAAGAUGUACUCCUACGAAUUCCCGUUCUUUGAGGAUUGGGCUAAAUUCCAGCCUGGAAUGCCCGUGAGCAUUGAUUGGAAGGGAAAUGCCUGGCCUGGUGCCGGAACCACCAUCUACCGCAACGUUGCGGAAGAGCCCAUCACCUACAGCAUGAACAACGUGAAGCUGCGACAGCUGAACCACUUCAUGACGUUGGCUGUGUUCGAUGGAGGUGUGGCUGCCUUCCGUGGCACCUUCGAAAACUUCGAGGUGCAGAUGGGAAAGAGGGACCUGCCCACUGUGGACGGUCAGAUCCGCCGUGUGAGUGAAGUGAUUGCGUUGAACCGCGACACGUUCGUCAUCGUCGGUUCGAACGAGCUGCUGCCUCUGACCGUGCUGGUGACUCGUCCUGAUUCGGGCCCUCUGACGGUGAGCUUCCAGUUCGGUAUUCCCACUCCGAUGGGCGAUGUGGACAACGACAAGUUCCCGCAUCUCGAUGCUCUGACCAACACCACGAUGGCGAUGAUCUACGAGCGCAACCAUGGUCUGUACACGCGCAAGGCGGAGAUAAAGGGCACGGGAAACAACGCGCAGAUCUCUCUGGGAAAGGAGACGCGUGUGGGAAACAGCUACGAGUUCCACAAGGUGGCUGGAAUGGACGCGAACCAUUUCAUUAUUGCGGCGACGGGUCGUCUGUUCAACUCGUCGUUCUACUACCCUGCCGUGACGGCGGUGCUGUGCACGAUCAAUAACGAUAAGAUCGAGGUCGGUGAGUGGAAGUACUUGGCCUGGGCGAUGUCGCACAACUACAUGGACAUGGACAACUUCGACAACCAGAAUGCGAUCAUGGUGUUCUCGGACGCGCUCGAGCACUCCAUCAUUGCGGUGAUGGUCCACUUCAACCGCGAGGACAACGAUAUCUCCUUCGGAUCGUCGCGCACCAUCCAGAACGGCGGCUCGGUCUUCUACCCCGAGAAGAUCGACAUGCGCAUUCUCUCUCCCUCGACGUUCGCCGUGUUCUACGAGGACCAGGUCAUUCACCGCCUCUGCCUGGUGCUGUGCUCGGUGUCCUCCUCGCGCGAUAUCUCGGUGGCGUCGCCCACGUACGUGGUCAGCCUCACCUCGGGAGCCUUCUCGUACGAUCUCUGCGAGAGCGGAAUGGGCGACUUCGUGAUCCUGGAGAACCGCGUCACGGACCAGAACCGCGUGUUCAUGCACUAUGGAGUGGUGCUGCCUCGCCCCUUCGGUAUUGCGCAGAAGUCCAAGAACGGCAAGCUCAUGAUCCAGUUCGCCGGUAUGUUCAAGGUGCCCACCAAGCAGCGAUUCACUCCUGGCCGAGCCAUCUACACGAACUCCAAGGGAGAGCUGCUGGAGGGAAGACCCUUCGGAAUGGCCAACAGAGAGUCCGGUCAGUUCUAUGAGUACGGACCGGACCGAUCGAUCCUCAGCCAGAACAACCUGGUGGGAGUGGCUGUGACCAAGAACAAGAUCUACAUGAAGUUCCUGUAAGCCGUGAAGAGUGAAGAGCGAAGAGCGAAGAGCUCUGUAGAAGGAAAAGCCUUUGGAACUGCA